CAUCCGGUGCCCGCCUGCUCCUCCGCCCCACCCCCAUCGUUGUUCUGCCGGCCACUUCUGAAACCCUAACCUUUCACGCCGCCGCCUACUUACAUUUACCUUACCGGUGUGACCACCACCGAAACGCAAAUGUCCAUGGCAAUCAACCACCAAAUCACAUCGUCCCUCGGUCGCCGCAUCGCAGCAUGCUGCAUCUCCUCUUUCCCCCGCUGCUCCCUCACCCUCAAGCCUUCCUCUGCACAGAUCCGCAUGACGAUUUGGGGCUGGUUAAAGGAAACAGCGAUGGAAGGAAGUCAACAAGGCCUAUAAUGAGAGGCGGGUGACAGAGAUCGCCAGUUGUAGUGGCGAAGUGCUAGAGUUUACUGUCUGCCCAGGCUGAGGAGGGGGAAGAGUCAAUGGAGGAUGCUCUUGAGAUUAAUUUCUCAUGUCCACAUGGCAUGCCUGAGCGAAAAAUGGGUGCUGCUGUGGGUCAAGAUGAUUUAAUAGAGGAGGUUUGUGGUUGGAUAAAUGAGAAGGCCACUGUGCCUGUUUGGGCAAAGAUGACUCCUAAUAUUACAGAUAUUACACAGCCUGCAAGAGUAGCUCUUAAGUCAGGAUGUGAAGGAGUUUCUGCUAUUAACACAAUCAUGAGUGUGAUGGGAAUUAAUCUUAAAACUCUGCGUCCAGAACCUUGCGUUGAGGGCUAUUCUACACCUGGGGGUUAUUCUGCGAGAGCUGUUCACCCUAUAGCACUUGCGAAAGUCAUGCAGAUAGCAAGGAUGAUGAAAGAAGAAUUCACUGAUGGACAGUCUAUCUCUGCCAUUGGUGGUGUUGAGACUGGCAAUGACGCUGCUGAAUUUAUUCUUCUUGGUGCAGAUACAGUACAGGUAUGUACAGGUGUAAUGAUGCAUGGUUAUGGCCUUGUGAAGAAGCUUUGCACGGAGUUGCAAGAUUUCAUGAGAGAGCACAACUUUUCAUCGAUUGAAGAUUUUCGAGGGGCCUCGCUCCUGUACUUCACGACGCACACCGAUUUGGUACAGCGCCAACAGGAGGCGAUCGAGCAGAGGAAGGCCAUAAGGAAGGGCCUUCAAUCAGACAAGGACUGGACAGGUGACGGGUUCGUCAAGGAGACCGAAAGCUUGGUAUCCAACUGAUGCAUCGCUGAACUCCCAUCCCUUCCACCAUACUUCACCUUGUGACUAAACCGGGUUCGUGUUCGAGGAAAGACAGUGGAAACAUUUGCUUCAUCUUGUUAAAUAAAGCACACCAGAAUGCCUUACCAAAGCAUGUAAUCCUGAUCUGUACAUGGAUCUGAACCUUGGGCCUUCAUCAGGCUAUAGAACAAGUCAUGAGUUCACAAGUCGUUUUCCAGUAACAUUGUGUCGUAUAUUGUCAUGUGAACAUGAACUAGGCUGAUUGGUGCGUCUACGCCGCGUCCAUUUUUUUGUUGCACAGAGUAUGACAAAAGAAGUCUAAAAAC